UAUUUGAAAGUUCCCUGAGAACUUUCAGUCAAUAUAAAAAAUUUUUACGUAUAAUGUUGGACUACGCAUUAAAAUUAAGACUCGUGCUAGUAUUAGCCAAUGUACAGGCUAUGCAGGGGAAAGCUGACGAAGCAAUUGCACCACCAGUACCGGGACACGUUGGUGCAUGAGAAUACUCCGUAUGCCGUAUUUUUGCCCGAUCCUCUGAAGUCGUUCGUCUUUGUGACAAUAUACGAUUCCCCGCUUAUGAGUUGCGAUAACGUCACCUGCCUAGACUACAAUCUUUUCAAGUGCGAUUUGGAUCACAAUAUUAAAUUUGCGGUGUCUAUGAUGUUUUGUUAUAUAUAUCCAUUACGUUAUGUUGAGGAUCUCAUAGACAACUGUAUGGACACAAGAACUUCCAAAUUUCGCAUUAUAGAUAAGUCCAUUUUACAUUAUGCCGAUAUCGAAAGUGGGUUCAAAGCGACGACCAAGAAAUGGUGGCUACUGUCCAUCACUCUACUGUUUGCAGUAAGUUGGUAUCUCGAAAAUUUGGCAUUGGGAUAACGAUUGCGCGUCGAACCAUUUCCUAUAGCAUAUUUGAAAUGUCGAACAUAGCAUGCUAUAUCAAAUUGUUCG